AUGCCUCGCCAAUUCUUCGUCGGAGGAAACUUCAAGAUGAACGGAGUCACCGACUCCAUCAAGUCCAUCGUGAAGAACAUCAACGAAGCAAAGCGCGAUCCUACCACCGAGGUCGUCAUUGCCCCGCCUACCAUCUACCUCGCUCUCACUCGCGAGCUUGCCGACCCUUCAAUCGCCGUCUCGGCCCAGAAUGUGUACGACAAGCCCAAUGGCGCCUUUACCGGUGAGCUGAGCGUUGAGCAGCUCAACGAUACCAAGAUCGCCUGGACUCUUGUUGGCCACAGCGAGCGCAGGGUCUUAUUGCGGGAAGACGACGAUUUCGUUGCUCGCAAGACCAAGGCUGCUAUUGACGGUGGAUUGAGCGUUAUCCUCUGCAUUGGCGAGAGCUUGGAGGAACGUGAGGCCAACAAAACCAUUGACGUCGUCACAAAGCAGCUCACUGCCGUCGCCGAGCGACUGAGCAAGGAAGAGUGGGCAAAGGUCGUCAUUGCCUAUGAGCCUAUCUGGGCUAUCGGUACCGGCAAGGUCGCCACAACCGCCCAAGCUCAAGAAGUUCAUGCUGCCAUUCGCAAAUGGCUUGCUACCAUCUCCCCCGAAGUCGCCGAGAACACCCGUAUUAUCUACGGAGGCAGUGUCAGCGACAAGAACUGCCGCGAAUUGGCCAAGGAGAACGAUGUUGACGGUUUCCUCGUUGGAGGUGCCAGCUUGAAGCCAGCCUUUGUUGAUAUCAUCAACUCUCGCCUGUAG